CCUCUCCCUCUCUCUCCCACUCGUCUCUCCCUCUCCCUUGCACGAGCAGCUAUGGCGACCUCCCUCGACCCCGCGCCGCUGCGCCACCUCGCCUCCGCCCGCCGGUGCGUGCCGCCACCUCACCAGACCCAAGGAGCCUCGCCGCCUUGUGCUGCCGCCUGCGCCGCGUCGCGCGCCGCCACCUCCCCACAAGCUCGCCGCCCCGCCAUGGAAGCCUCGUCGAGCACCGAGCUCCUCUGCGCCCCGCCCGCGUCGCGGCUGCCGCCCCACGCUGCCUCGCGCCCGGAUCCGGCCGAGGGUGGUCCGGCCACUCUAGAUCCAGCCUCCUCCUCACCGCACGGGCCUCCUCCUUGCCGGAGUGACGCCCCUCGCCGGAGCAGCGCCAACCAAGCCCAUCAGCCACCAGGGUCGUGCUGCAGCCCAUCCGCGAGAUCUCUGGCGCCGUGCAGCUGCCAGGGUCCAAGUCGCUCUCCAACCGGAUCCUCGUCCUCUCCGCCCUCUCCGAGGGAACAACGGUGGUGGAUAACCUGUUGAACAGCGAGGAUGUCCACUACAUGCUCGAGGCCCUGGAAGCCCUUGGACUCUCCGUGGAAGCAAAUAAAGUUGCAAAAGGAGCUGUGGUUGUUGGCUGCGGCGGCAGGUUCCCAGUUGAAAAGGACACCAAAGAGGAAGUAAAGCUCUUCUUGGGUAAUGCUGGAACUGCAAUGCGGCCACUGACAGUAGCUGUAGUUCCUGCUGGUGGAAAUGCAACGCAUUUUUUCUUUAUCCUAGUGGAAAUAAGUAUGAGAUCCAUGGGUAGUUGUCAGAUCUUCUUUUCGUUCAGUACUUGUUGAGGCUGUCAUAAUUUUCUUUUACUUGAAAUUCUGCUUGGAUUUUCUAAUUAUGCAUUUACCCAGAUUAAUGCUUAAAACUAAAGUUGGCCAUUGGAUCUUUUUUGGUUAGGCGAAUUUUAUGUUUGUACAUGCUUGAUAUGAAAGGAGGGGUUUAUUUAAUGAACUACACAUAUGGUUUCACAUUC